GGCCCCUGCGGCUUCCGGUGGGCAAGAUGGUGGCGCGCAGAAGGAAGCGUGCGGCUGGGACCUCUGAGACGGAGAUUCUGAGCCCGCCGGGCUACUCAGCCAUUCCAGUCAAGUUCUCUGAAAAGCAGCAGUCUUCUCAUUACCUCUACAUAAGACAGCACAGAGUUCGAGAAGACACUAAGUCUUCCUGGCCUCAGAAGCGGACCCUUUUUGUCCUCAAUGUGCCUCCAUACUGCACAGAGGAGUGCCUGUCCCGCCUCCUCUCCCCCUGCGGCCCUGUGCAGUCUGUGGAGUUACAGGAGAAGCCGGACCUUGCUGAGAGCCCAAAGGAGCCAAAGUCAAGGUUUUUUCACCCCAAGCCAGUUCCGGGAUUCCAGGUGGCCUACGUGGUGUUCCAGAAGCCAGGUGGGGUGUCAGCUGCCCUGGCACUGAAGGGCCCUUUGCUGGUCUCGACAGAGAGUCACCCUGUGAAGAGUGGCAUUCACAAGUGGAUCAGAGACUAUGCAGACUCGGUGCCGGACCCCGAGGCCCUGAGGGUGGAAGUGGACACGUUCAUGGAGACGUACGACAAGAAGAUAGCUGAGGAGGAAGCUAAGGCCAAGGAAGAGGAAGGGGUCCCUGAUGAGGAGGGCUGGGUGAAGGUGACCCGCCGCGGCCGGCGGCCCGUGCUCCCGCGGACCGAGGCGGCCAACCUGCGGGUGCUGGAGAAGGAGAGGCGGAAGCGGGCGCGCAAGGAACUGCUCAACUUCUACGCCUGGCAGCACCGCGAGACCAAGAUGGAGCAUCUAGCACAGCUGCGCAAGAAGUUUGAGGAGGACAAGCAGAGGAUCGAGCUGAUGCGGGCCCAGCGCAAAUUCCGACCCUACUGAGCCUCACCGGCCGAGGGCGCCGGGGAGAGGGCUGGUGAGCGGGUGGCAGCGUGUGGCCAGUGAGGACACGAGGGUCUGAAACUCCCAUCACAGAGGCUAUGCCCGGGCCAAUGGGCCACCGUGUCAAACAGCCCCAGAGAUCUGAGCCUGGGCAGGGUUGGGUGAAAGGCAGUGUCCCCCCUCGGUUCCUGUACUCGAGCAGUCCUGGGGCCCAGCACCGGCGCGGCCUGCCCAGCACAAGGACUUGGCCUCAGGAAGCCACUGGCCCAGGAAGUGGCUCCUUCCCUCCCCUGAGCUCUGUUCCCAGCCGGUCUCUGGACUUCCCUCUCAGGGCUAAGUGUCUGCUAUAUUCUCCCCUUUCCCCAGUGGAGAAGCCCCUGCAGGCAGUGAGAAUACAAGGGCAUUUUAUUUUUCAUUCAGUUGGGCAGCAAGUAAAGGCCACAAAAGCUGGGUGGGACUGUCCUAGCCCCCCCACCCACUACCCGCUCACAAAACAGAUAACCCCCCGAAUCCAGACACCGUCUUCCCCUUGCAGUCACAGGUAUUAAAGUCAGAAUCCUGGCAUGUCCUCCUCAACUCUGCCACAAGCUUCUUUGCCAGCCAUGCUGGUCUUCAGGAUCAGGAAAGCCUGUCCCCACCACGCCUGGCCUGGGCUUAGGAGCUGGGAGUCCCGUGCUAAGCAGGAGGUCUCGUAGCCCUGGGGCUACAGCUGGGCUGGGAUCCUCUCCUUGCUCUGUAAGAAGGAGUUGAUGACACUGGCCACGAGCUGGGGUUGGUUCAUGUGGACGUAGUGAUUGCCUGUGACUUCCACAAACUGGAACCGCUGGGAGAGGGAGGGGAUGUGUGGUGAGGUGACAGAGGAGGGGGCCGAGGGCAUGUUGGGGCUUUCCCGUGCCUACUGCCUCCCGAGAUUCCAAGCGUCCCGCACCAGGAGCCUUGGCAGUGACUGACCCACAGCUCUGCAGGCCCUAGCCAGUCACUGCACCCCCUGGGUGAUUCAGGGCCUGGCCAGUGAGAAAGGCCUGCUGGGAGGGAAAAGCCUAAAGCCUGGGGUUCUAGGCCAUUCGGAGCUGAGGUAAUAGAGCUAGACUGGGGGGGGGGGCAGUAGUCAGGGCUACUGGUUCUGAUCAUCAUAUAAGGUCCGCUUGGAAAAAGCAGAAUGAGCAGCCUUUCAGACUUGCUCCUGCCCAGGAGAGAGGCUGACAAGACACGGCCCUCUGGCCAGCCAGCCACAUGGGCUUCCCUUUUGGGACAAUGCCAAGUUACCUGCACAAGCCGCAGGGAAGGGUCAAAGUCACAUGUCCCAGCCCUCCAACUUGGAGGCCAGCACCUACUGACGGGACUGGUCAUCUGUUCCCAUUUGGGGCCCUAGGAAAUUACAGGGCUGCUGAGUUGGGCUUGGCCUGGGGAUAUAUGAGGACAAUAAAACUGGAAGAUUCUGCCAAUGAAAAAA